AUGGCAUUCAUGCGGUCGGCUACUUCCUGCUCUUUCAAGAGCAGAGCAUGGAGCACAGCCGAGCUGGGGGAUGGUCUAGCCCAUCUAUUGACAGACGGGCGGCUCGAGUUGCCCGACGAUGAGGCUCAAUUGAAGGACUCUUCUUUCCUCAGCUUGUUGCGGAGAUCAGCCAAAGCCGACACCGAGAAGUCAGUCUUCGACCAGGACACCCUCCCUGCUACGGAGACCCAGUUGGAAAAGGAACGAUCUUGGAGGUCACCUUCCCCGACCCCUUCUCAAGCAACGGAAUCCACUUUGAGAGCCCCAAGCUCUGCCAAAUCAGUUGUUUGGCUCGGCGUGUUAAUCUUCCUGGUUACUGAUGAUGUGGUGAAGAUGUACCAAGCCGGAAAGUUGGAUGCGCUUACUGCAAUGAAGAUGCUGUCAGACAUCAACUCGCAGCCCACGUCCCCACAGGGUACGCCUUCCCCGAAGCCGAUGCCAGGUGAUAUCAAGACCAAGAAUGCCAUCAAGGCCAAGUUGAGGAGACUGUGCGAGAAGAAAGCCAAUGGACGCUUGAACGUCCCCGAGUGGCUCCACAACCAAUGGAAAAACGGAGAUCAUUUAGCCAUGGCUUUGAAAUUCCAAGAAGCCAACUUCGACAAGGAGGCUUUCAUCAAGCAGUGCGAGAAGACGACGACCGAGAUCGAGCGCCAGAAGAACACGAUUGCUGUGGGGUGGUAUUCCAAAACGGAUAUGAAGACCACACUGAAGUGGAAUCCGAAGAAGAUUGAGGGCGCAAUCCAGGUGUGCAUGCAGGAUGAGAAACACUUGGUUAGGAACUGCAAGUACGGAGGGGAGCCAGAGUACUGGGUCGAAGUGCGGGAAACUGGUGAGAAGGGCCAAGAGCGAGAGCAAAAGAAGAGACGCAUAGAGAUCACUAAGGACGAAUCGUCCGAACCUGUUGGCGAAGUGAACUCGACUCAAAUGGCAGCUAUGGAUGCUCGUGCAAAGGCUUCUGAAAGUCUGGGAUGUGUCGCCAGUUCCCAGGCGAUUCGUGGCAAGGAAGUUUUGAGCAAGUACUGUGACAGCAUACUUGCCAAGUCAGCGAAGCUUCGCUCACUUGUCCAUGAUCUGCAGAAGCACUAUGAUGAUGAGACUGCAACCAGGUCCAUCACCGCCCUGAAGACCGACCUGACCACUCUGGAGGGCAAGUUCAACCAGUGCUCAGAGCAUUUGGCCCAUGGAGAAACAGUUGACUUCUGUGAGGAGUGGCCCGCCCCCAUAUGGAUACAUACCGUUCUGAACCCGCCAAGGUGCACAAAGAUUGCGCAGAACGAAUCGAAGAUCCGGUGUUGUCCUCAUUUCUCCUCAGAUGCAGCGAUGUUCCAAGCAAAUCAAUGUGCCAGGUUGCAAUUUGAAUUGCUUUUAGAUACUGUUUGA